AUGACCGAUAUGAGUGCAGAUACCAUCUCUGUCCCGGCGCAGUGGCGAGCGCAGCAUCCGACAACGCCGCACCUCACGGGCCUGCUCGAUUACCACACACUCUACAAAGAAUCAAUUCAUUUCCCCUCUACAUUUUGGGCAAAACAGGCCCGCGAGCUUCUUUCCUUCACGCAGGACUUUCAUACCACGAGUAUUGGCUCCCUCGAGAAUGGAGACAACGCGUGGUUCGUGGGCGGAGGACUGAACGCGUGCUUUAACUGUGUUGAUCGACACGCUAUCCAAGAUCCACAUCGUGCUGCGCUCAUAUAUGAGCCUGAUGAUCCUGCGGACGGUAGCCGGAUCAUCACAUACGGCGAACUACUUCGACAUGUCUCGCGGCUGGCGGGGGUGCUUCGUGGACGAGGAGUGAAAAAGGGUGACAUUGUUACUAUUUAUAUGCCGAUGAUUCCCGAGGCCGUCAUGGCGGUUUUGGCGUGUGCUAGAAUCGGGGCUGUCCAUUCAGUUGUUUUUGCUGGCUUCUCAGCUGAGGCUCUUGGCGAUCGCAUCCAGGAUGCAAACUCGGCUGUCGUCAUUACUACUGACGAGGGCCGUCGGGGUGGAAGGACCAUUUCGACUAAGCGUGUCGUUGAUGAAGCAGCUCGUGAAUGUCCUCAGGUCACAACUGUGCUAGUCUAUAAGCGGACGGGGGCUGACAUUCCUUGGAUGGCGGGGAGAGAUCUAUGGUGGGAUGAGGAGAUGAAGCAAUAUCCUGCCUACACACCUCCUGAAGUCAUGGAUUCGGAGGAUUACUUGUUCCUGCUUUAUACAUCCGGUUCAACUGGGAAGCCAAAGGGAGUAUUCCACAGCACUGCAGGAUAUCUUUUAGGUGCGGCAGUUACAGGCAAGUAUGUCUUUGACAUUCACCCACAAGAUCGUUUCUUUUGUAGUGGUGAUAUUGGUUGGAUCACCGGACAUACUUACGUGGUUUACGCUCCCCUCGCGCUGGGGUGCACGUCAAUAAUCUUCGAAGGAACCCCGACAUACCCAAGCCAUACUAGAUUCUGGGAGAUCGUUCAGAAACAUGCCUGUACACACUUCUAUGGUGCUCCGACGGCCUUCCGACUCUUGAAAAGGUCCAUUGCCAAGGAAAAUCUUCAGAAUAUCGAUACCAGCCAAUUGCGUGUGCUUGGCUCGGUGGGGGAGCCCAUUGCACCUGAGGUUUGGAAGUGGUACUACGACUUCAUGGGAAAUGAAAAUGCAGUAGUAACCGAUACUUACUGGCAGACCGAGACUGGGUCACACAUCAUUGCCGCCUGCGCAGGAGUCACUCCAAUGAAACCGGGAAGCGCAACGCUACCAUGCCUCGGUAUUGAUCUUGCCAUCAUUGACCCGGUGACUGGGGAAGAAUUGAAAGGUAACCAGGUCGAGGGCGUGCUGGCUAUAAAACAGCCAUGGCCGUCGAUGGCACGCACCAUACGCGGAAAUCACGAUCGAUACAUGGACAGUUAUUUCAAUGUCUACAAGGGCUACUACUUCACCGGCGACGCGGCAUUCCGUGAUCAAGACGGAUACUAUUGGAUUCGAGGACGAGUUGACGACGUUGUCAACGUAUCUGGCCACCGUCUUUCUACUUCGGAGAUUGAAGGUGCCAUCAUCGAGCACCCCGGUGUUGCCGAAGCUGCGAUAAUUGGUGUACCAGACGAACUGACUGGCCAAGCCAUUAAUGCCAUUGUAUCCCUCAAGAAUGACCAAACACCCGAGACGACUGCGAAAGAGUUGGUCAUUAAGGUACGCACGACCAUCGGGCCGUUUGCUGCCCCAAAGAAGGUCUUGGUCGUAAGAGACCUCCCUAAAACAAGAAGUGGGAAGAUUGUCCGGCGUAUCUUGAGAAAAGCGCUGACUGGUGAAAAUGAAUUUGGUGAUACUUCCACGUUGGCCGAUCCUAGCGUUUUGGACGAAAUUCUGGAGGCUGUCGCAUCGAGCUAG